GAGUACUACUGACUACUGCAGAGUACUACUGAGUACUACAGAGUACUGCUGACUACUGCAGAGUACUACUGAGUACUGCUGAGUACUACUGAGUACUGCAGAGUACUACUGAGUACUACUGACUACUGCAGAGUACUACUGAGUACUGCUGAGUACUACUGAGUACUACUGACUACUGCAGAGUACUACUGAGUACUACUGAGUACUGCAGAGUACUGCUGAGUACUACUGAGUACUACAGAGUACUGCUGAGUACUACUGAGUACUACUGAGUACUGCUGAGUACUGCUGAGUACUGCUGAGUACUACUGAGUACUGCUGAGUACUGCUGAGUACUACUGAGUACUGCUGAGUUCUACUGAGUACUACUGAGUACUGCUGAGUACUACUAUCCUGAUGGACUCUGCAGCACCUCCUGGUCCUGGUCCUGGUCCUGGUCUUGGUCCUGGUCCUGGUCCUGGUCUGUCCCAGGUCUCUGUGUUGUCCCUGUUAGCAUGUAGCAUCCAGGUGCUAGCAGCGUUCCUAUUGGAGGCCAGGUUUGGGAGGCGGAGCUCUGUGGAGGACCGAUGGACGCUGCUGUGGCUCUUCUAUGAUGUCAUCGUCCACCUGACUCUGGAGGGUCCGUUUGUCUACAUGUCUCUUGUGGGAACAGUGGAGACAUCUGAAGGUCCACUGGCCGAACUCUGGAAGGAGUAUGGUAAAGCAGACAGUCGCUGGUUAGUUUCUGAUCCAACGAUUGUUUCUUUGGAGCUUCUGACGGUCGUCCUCGACUCUCUGCUCGCUGUCCUGCUCAUCUACGCAGUACUCCACCGCAAGUACUACAGACACUUCCUACAGAUCAGUCUGAGUGUGUGCGAGCUGUACGGCGGCUGGAUGACGUUCUGUCCUGAUUGGCUGACGGGCUCUCCUCACCUGGACACGUCCAGCUGGCUCCACCUGUGGGUCUACCUGGUGUUCUUUAACGGGCUCUGGGUUCUGGUCCCGGUCCUGCUGCUGGUCCGGUCCUGGUCCUCUCUGAAGCAGCUGCAUGACAUCACACCUGAUGAUGUCACGGCUCACAGGAAGAAGAUGUAGAGCAACUGAAGUCCAGCUUGGUGAAAGAUGUACCUACUGAAGCUGAAAGAAGAAGACAGACCAGAUUCUACUUCCUACUUGAAGCCUUUUAUUUAUUGAGGCUCAUUGUGUUUGAAUGACAUGAAAUGGUCCAACGAUUAAAUGAAUGACACCAAGAAAACAUUGUAAAGCAUAUCAAACUGGUCAUAGCUGUGUUGCUAGGAGACAAACUGUCCAUAGCUGUGUUGCUAGGAGAC